AUAGCUGGAAUGCUAUCUUAAACCAAAAAUCUAUUUAAAUACUUAUUUAAUGCUGCUUAAAUGAAGAAAGAUAUAAUAAAUAUCCAAAACUCCACCUGAUAACUAUCCCAUUGAGACACUGGUCAACAUGUCGCUCAAUCCAAGUCGACCAUCUUCAUCAGAGUUGGUGGAACUUCAUGUUUUUUAUGUCCCUGAAGGAUCGUGGAACUAUAAAUUAAAUACUAUUUCAAUAGAAGUUAUUAACAACUUUAUUUCUGCGGGAUUUAUAAGAGUAUCUCCUCAACUUACUUUACAAGCUCUGAGGGAGCGUCUUGGUGAGUUUCUUGGUGUAGAUGCUGUUGCAGAAAAAUUUUUGUUUCUGAAAUGCAUUGGAAAUAAUUUAGCUGUGGUAAAGGAAAAGCAAGAAUCAGAACUGAAACUCAAAUCAUUUGCUCCUCCAUAUGCUCUUCAACCAGAAUUAUAUUUGCUUCCUGUAAUAGAUCACUUAGGAAAUGUUUAUUCAGCAUCGACAGUUACCUUAGAUGAACAGGAGAGUAUUAAUGAUACUACGGAGAUUAAUGGAGCAAUCCACAGACCAGAUAGUGUAUCUUUCCCUAAGGAUGAACCUGGAAAUCCAAGUUUGUUGGAAAAUACAUGGAGAGACUUUACAAAUCAGGAAGAAGCUGAGGAAAGCCAACCUACACAAAAUCACUUUGGAAAUUCCAGGUUGCUGGGAUCAUUGGAAGAGUCAAAUGAUUAUUUUGGGAACCUAAAAAGUCCAUUUCUUUGGAAAAAUAAUGAUGAUGAUGAUGAGGAUGAGAAUGAUAAUACAACUCUCAAUAGAAGGCAGGCCAAACUGAUGUGUGACAAGGAGUACAUUGCCCUACCAGAUCUGAUUGAUUUUCCUUCAUUUCCUUCUCAACGAGUUUCUUCAAGAUUAACUGAUACCUCUUUAUUUAAAAUUGAGAGAGAGAAGAUUAUUGAACAAAUGAAACAAGUAAAGGAAGAACGAAAAUAUCUGGAAAAUAUUAGAGAAGAAUUAAUAAAAAAAGUUGAAAAGCUAUUUGAACAAAAUAAAUCGAAACGAUAUCAUGCCUCUGAUAGCUGGAAGAAAAAAUAUUUUGACACCAAGAAAGUCACAGCAUCAUUGGAGGAAGUUUUAACAAAACUUCGAGAAGAUUUGGAACUUUACUAUAAAAAACUGCUCAUGCAGCUUGAAGCCAGGGAGAUCAAGAUGCGACCAAGGAAUUUGGCAAAUAUCUCAGAUUCUAAGAAUUAUCUUAUAAUCCAGAUUACUGAAGUACAGCAUGCAAUUGACCAACUUAAGAGAAAACUGGAUACUGAUAAAAUGAAACUCAUAUUAGAAGUCAAGAUGAGAAAACAAGCAGUUUCAGAUUUACAGACAUUAAAAGCUGAACUGACACAGAAGAAAAUGGGUGCACCUUUCCGACCUCCGAUGUUUUCUGGAAGUGUGCCAACCUAGAAGUUCAACAGAUGAAUAUUGUUUGUGAUAAAUCAGCCAGAUG